AUGGUGGAGAGUGAACCUUGGAAGUUGAUGUUUGAUGGUUCAAAGACAAAUGAAGGAGUGAGAGUAGGUUUUGUGUUGAUUGCACCAAAUAAGCAAAUAUACCAAUUUGCAUAUCAGUUGGAAGCACAACAUAUUCAGUCUUGUAAUCAAGCUCAGUGUGAAGCUUUGAUAAUUGGCCUAGAGUUGGCCAUAGAGUUCAAAAAUAGAAGUCUUAAAGUUUUUGGGGAUUCACAGUUGAUCAUUAAGCAAGUCUUGGGAGAAUUCAAGUGUGUAAGUGGUGCUUUAGAGGAGUAUCUAGCUGAGGCAAAUGGACAAGUUGAGGCAACAAACAAAAUUAUGAAGAACACUUUGGAAAGGAUGAUUGAGGAUAAUCCCAGGGAUUGGCAUAAUCUCCUGUCAGAAGUACUUUGGGCUUAUAAAAACUCAAAAAGGAAUAGCACAGGAACAACUCCAUAUGAGUUGGUGUAUGGGCAUGAUGCUGUGUUGCCUCUAGAAGUAACAGUGAGGUUCAAUCGACUGGCCAAGCAUUUGGAUAUUCCUAUGGAUGAAUAUGCAGAAGCCAUAUCGACUGAGUUGCAAGACUUAGAGGAAAAAAGAAUUAUGGCCUUUAAUCACUUGAUAGCUCAGAGAAGAAAGUUGAGAGAAGCUAUAACAAGAAAGUGA